UCGACUUUUUUAAUUCAACUUUAAAGCAGAACUGCUCGAUUUGUUUACAUCCUUUAGCAUCCCAAUCUAAAUGACUGCCGACACGGACAGAAGCCUGCAUCGAAUGUAGAAGCUUCGAAUACGAACACGAAUCCUUCGUGUGCAGAAAGUAUCGCAAUCAAUGGUGUUGGAGACCUUUAGGCCGUUUAUAACCAUAAUUGAGAAGAAGAAAAAACGCGUAUGAUGGGUUAAAAGGUUAGACAAUCUUAAUUGAUGUAGUACUUUCAAUAAAUAUGUAUAUUGCAAAUGUGGGAACAAUAGGAGAUUUUUUUUUGCAAUAAGUGCGCUAGGCACCUGCGUUGGAACGACCUGUCGUCGGUUCUACGUCAUUCGUUUCACAUCACCGCGUCUCGGUUUCCGACUCGCCGGUAACUGCGGGACUCACUGUGUCCGAAUUAUUACCGUGACUGGUCCGCGCAGCAACCCAUGUCCGUUGUUCUGUACCGCGCCGCACAAUAUAUUGCAUUUGAAUUCCAAGUCGCAGACACCUCGAUGAAACCAAAAAGGAUUUUGUUAUUCAGUGGCAAAAGGAAGUCCGGGAAAGAUUAUAUUACCGACAUCUUAUGUAAAAGGCUUGGUCCACAAAAAUGUACGAUUAUACGAUUAUCAGGACCUAUAAAAACUCACUGGGCCAAGUUACUGAAUCUUGAUCUCGAUCAAUUGUUAGGAAGUGGAAAAUAUAAGGAAGAAUAUCGUAUUAAAAUGGCCGAAUGGGGAGAGAGUAUGAGAGCAAAAGACAGUGGCUAUUUUUGUCGUGCUGCAAUAGAUAUGUACAAAGCACAGGACAAACCAGUAUGGAUAGUAAGCGAUGUUAGAAGAAAAACUGACAUUCAGUGGUUUAUAAAAAAUUAUGGAGAUGUAUGUAAAACUAUUCGUUUAAUUUGUUCCGAGGAAGUUAGAAAAAAGCGUGGCUGGGUUCAUACAUUAGGUAUAGAUGAUGCGGAAGGAGAAUGCGAUUUGGACGAUGUCAGUACGUGGGAUGUCUUAUUGAAGAAUAAUGUUGACAGUGAUAUAGAAACUAUACUGCAACAAUUGCUAGAUCUAGUUGACUAGUAUAAAUUUUGUUAAACAUAUAAAGUAUUAAGAUUUUUUUUUUUUUCAUAUAAAGUAUGACAUUCCACAAUUUUUCAUUUUUUUUAUAUAAAAAAAUAUAUCUAGUAUUAUUUGUAUUGUAUUGGAGGAGGGGUAAUUUUUAUAGUUGCUAUGUAACUAAAAAAACUUUUUGAAGUUUUGUAUGUUAUUUAUAUUUACUUAUAUAUAUAAAUAUUUUUCAUGCUA